AUGGAUGAUCUUCCCGUUCUCAUCGUCGGCGCAGGCAUCAGUGGCCUUCUUCUGGCCCAGCAUCUCCAGAAGCUCGGUGUCCCUUACAAGAUCUUCGAGCGCGAUGCCGCCAUCGACGCACGGAGCGGGGGUUGGGGGUUGACGCUUCAUUGGGCGCUCCCUGCACUGCGGGAACUCCUACCGGACCACCUCGUGCAACGCCUCCCAGAGGCAUAUGUCAACAAGGCGGCGGCUGCUCGCGGUGACACCGGUCGCUUUUCGUUCUUUGACCUGAAAACCGGAUCUGCGUUGUACAGCGUUCCAGCUGCGGAGCGGAUUCGGGUCAGUCGUGUUCGAUUGAGGCAGCUGGUAGCCACGGGGCUCGAUGUUCAGUGGAACAAAACUCUCCAAAAUAUCGAGUCCACCGCCGAUACCGUCACCGCGCAUUUCGCAGACGGAACCUCCUACACAGGAUGCCUCUUGAUCGGCUGCGAUGGAUCGCGAUCCCCCACCCGCGAGAUCUUGUACCCGGACAGCCAUGAGAUGAAUCCACUACCGGUGCAGAUCCUCGGCGCAGCUACUCUGUAUACAGCAGAGGAGAUGGCAGGGGCUGCAGAGAUUGAUCCAUUCAUAUUUCAGGGCUCGCACCCUGAAUCUAACGUCUUUCUCUUCUUCAGCAUACUCGAUACCCCGAACAACUUCGUCGAAAGCAGCAAAGACAAAUAUGAAUGCCAGAUCAUACUAUCAUGGGCAGAUUCCAAGGAUAUCGCAGUCCCCAGCGACAACGGGGAGCGAAUCGCCCUCAUGAAAUCCUUGGCCUCGGACUGGGCGGAGCCAUUCAGGACCCUGGUCCAUCGGUUAUCUGAGGACACGGAGGCACGGUCAAUCCGCAUCGCGGACUGGAUGUUCCGACCGCUGCAAAAUCGCUCGCACCCCAGGGUUGUGCUGAUGGGUGAUUCGGCGCAUACAAUGACUAUGUACCGUGGAGAAGGGGCCAAUAAUGCCAUCGUCGAUGUACUGGAUCUGACCCAACGUGUGGAUAUGCGUUCGCUAGGAACCAUGUCGACACAAGCGCUGCGAGAUGCAUUGGACGCCUACGAGAACGACGUCUUCAGGCGCGCAGAGCCUAGUGUACUUAACUCGCGCCAGGCCUGUGUCGACGCUCAUGACUUCACACGUAUCCUAGACGAGAGCCCCCUCGUAUCAGCCCGCGUGCUGAAGGAGGAUACCACGGAGCAAUAG